AUGGCCUGUAACAGCACGACCCUCGAGACUUACGAAUACUUGCUGCUCAAUGCCAGCAAUGGGUCGGACCCUGGGACUGCGCCCCUACCUGCUCCACUCAGGAUAUCCCUGGCAAUAACAAUGCUGCUGAUGAUCAUAGUCGGUUUCCUAGGCAACACCGUGGUCUGUGUCAUAGUGUAUCAGAGGCCAGCCAUGCGCUCCGCCAUCAACCUGCUGCUGGCCACCCUGGCCUUCUCCGACAUCAUGCUGUCCUUAUGCUGCAUGCCUUUCACUGCCAUCACCCUCGUGACCGUGCGCUGGCACUUUGGGGACCACUUUUGCCGCCUGUCAGCCAUGCUCUACUGGUUUUUUGUCCUGGAGGGUGUGGCCAUCCUACUCAUCAUCAGCGUGGACCGCUUUCUCAUCAUUGUGCAGCGCCAGGACAAGCUGAAUCCCCGCAGAGCCAAGGUGAUCAUCGCAGUCUCCUGGGUGCUGUCCUUCUGCAUCUCUGUGCCCUCCCUCUCGGGGCAGACAUUUGUGGAGGUGCCCGCACGGGCCCCACAGUGUGUGCUGGGCUAUACCGAGCUCUCUGUAGACCGUGCCUAUGUGGUGACGCUGGUAGUAACCGUGUUCUUUGUGCCCUUUGGGGUCAUGCUCUGCUCUUACCUGUGCAUCCUCAACACGGUCCGGAAGAACGCCGUGCGCGUGCACAACCAGUCUGACACCCUGGAUCUUAGGCACCUCACCAGGGCUGGCCUCAGGCGGCUACAGCGGCAACAACAGAUCAGCCUGGACUUGAGCUUCAAAACCAAGGCCUUCACCACCAUCCUCAUCCUCUUCGUGGGCUUCUCGCUCUGCUGGCUGCCCCAUUCCAUCUACAGCCUCUUGUCUGUGUUCAGCCGGAGGUUUUACUACAGCUCCUCCUUUUACAGCACCAGUACCUGCAUCCUGUGGCUCAGUUACCUCAAGUCUGUCUUCAACCCCAUUGUCUACUGCUGGAGAAUCAAAAAAUUCCGUGAGGCCUGCAUAGAGUUGUUGCCCCAGACCUUCCAAAUCCUUCCCAAAGUGCCUGAGCGGAUUCGAAGGAGAAUUCAGCCAAGCACAGUCUAUGUGUGCAAUGAAAACCAGUCUGCUGUUUAG